AUGGCCUCCUCCCGACAGGUGACCAGGCUGUGUCCCGCGCAGCGACACCUGCCGGCGCCCCUCAACCGGGCUUCCGUCUGCCUCCCCCCCAAGCGCUGGGACCAGAGCAGCGAGUCUGCACUCGACAAGGCCACUAAGUACUUCCUCCUGUCGGAGAUGAUGCGUGGCAUGUAUGUCGUGCUGGAGCAGUACUUCCGCCCACCAUACACCAUUUUCUAUCCCUUCGAGAAGGGUCCUAUCUCCCCCCGAUUUCGCGGCGAGCACGCUCUGCGCCGCUAUCCCACUGGUGAAGAGCGCUGCAUUGCUUGUAAACUCUGCGAGGCUAUCUGCCCAGCUCAAGCUAUUACUAUCGAGGCUGAGGAGCGUGAGGACGGAAGCCGCCGGACGACCCGUUAUGAUAUCGACAUGACCAAGUGCAUCUACUGUGGCUACUGUCAAGAAUCUUGCCCUGUCGAUGCCAUUGUGGAGACCUCUAACGCAGAGUACGCCACCGAGACCCGUGAAGAGCUGCUUUACAACAAGGAGAAGCUCCUGUCCAACGGUGACAAGUGGGAGCCCGAGAUUGCAGCUGCCGCUCGCGCCGAUGCUCCAUACCGAUAA